ACCAGUUCUUCUAUUUUAAAGUCUUAAAUAAUCCAUCAUGAGCAUGUGGGGAAGUUAUUCGCAGACUUAUGUCAAUCCCGAGAACCUGGUUCAAGCCGAACAGGAAGUGGAUUCUUUUAUGCAACUAUAUAACAAAAUCUUGGACCGAUGCCAAGUCAAGUGUAUUCCAACCAACUACCAUGAACCUGAACUUAAUAAGGGUGAAAUGGUUUGCAUUGACCGCUGCGUCGCAAAAUACUUUGCUGUUCAGAAGUUGCUCAGUCAAAAGAUGGAACAGAAUGCUGGCAGUCCAUCAGCAACAGGUUCCGCCACUCCCUCCACAACGGAAAGCGAGUUUUCCAAUAUGCUUUAAAACGAUCUUGUCGACAGGCGCCCUCUGAUGACUCAAUAAUUUCAAAACUAUCGACUCGCUCCCAAACCACACGCGUACGUAGAUACAACUUUUAUCGUACGCAUAGUGGGUAUAGACACAAACAUAGACACCUCGACAUGCAAUCCCUUUCAUACCACUGUUUGUUUUGGCUUCAUCUGUAUUAUAAUGAUAAAAAUUGGUUUCUGCUUUUUGGAUGCGUCCACGCGCU